GAUCUCCAGGAGUUUCAGGAGAUCUUUAACUUAGUGGACACGGACCGGGGCGGCUCCAUCGGGACAGAGGAGCUGGCAAGGCUGAUGGAUACUCUGGGAAUCAGGACCAGCCCGGAGGAAUUGAAGCUCAUGGUCUCGGAGAUCGAUGAGAAUGGGAACGGCGAGAUCGACUUCGAGGAGUUCGUGCAGGUGAUGUGCAAAAAGGUCAACACUGACUACACAGCGGAUGAGGUCCGGAAGGCCUUCAAAGUGUUUGCUGGAAGUGCCCCGGACGGCUGCAUCCGUGUCAAAGACCUCGAGCACGCCCUGCAGGUCUACGGCCGGGAGAAGCUAACGGCCGAGGAGGCCAAGAACCUCGUGGCGCAGAUCGAGUGCGUCGAUGGCUUCUUCAGGUACGAUGAAUAUGUCACGAUGAUGAUGUCGGAACACUGA